AUGUGCUAGUAAAACUAUAUCCGAUGCUCAAUUAAAUUAUACCACGACUGAAAAAGAGUUGUUGGUUGUAGUAUUUUCGUUAGAAAGGUUUAGAUCAUAUAUUUUGGGAGCUAAAAUUAUUAUUUAUACUGAUCAUGUAGCAUUAAAAUAUCUGUUAAAUAAGAAAGAUGCAAAGCCACGUCUAUUAAGAUAGAUUUUAUUAUUGCAGGAAUUUGACUUAGAAAUAAAAGAUAAAAAAGGUUUCGAGAAUGUUGUUGCUGACCAUCUUUCUAGAUUAAGUAAUACAGGAAUAAAUGCAGCACCUUUACAAGAUGCAUUUCCAGAUGAACAAUUGAUGGCAGCUCAACAUUAACCAUCACCAUGGUAUGCACAUAUUGUUAAUUUUCUGGUUUCUGGAAAAAUUCUAGAGCAGUAGGAUAAGAACAAAAAAUAUCAUUUCUUUUCUAAGAUUAGAAAUUAUUUUUGGCAUGAUCCUGAUUUAUAUUACUUGGGCAAUGAUCAAAUUUUAAGGAGAUGUGUUCCUGAAGAAGAAUAUCAUAACAUUAUUAACAUGUGCCAUUCAUCUAAUUGUGGAGGACAUUUCUCUAGAUGAAAAAUAG